AUGGUGAAAGGCCUUGAGGGCAAGACUUACAAGGAGCAUCUGAGGUCACUUGGUUUGUUCAGCUUGGAGAAGAGAAGGCUGAGGUGUGAACUCAUCGCUGUCUACAACUUCCUCAAGGGGGGCAGUGGAGGAGGGGGUGAUGGUCUCCUCUCUCUGGUGACCACCACUAGGACACGAGGAAAUGGAAUGAAGCUGCAUCAGGGAGAGUUCAGACUGGACGUUAGGAAAAGGUUUGUCACCAAGAGGGUGGCAAUUUUGACGACUUCAGCUUACAAGAUGCAUUUGGUAAUUAUUACACUCUUGCAAAUUUUGGGAGAUUAUUUAGACUUGGAACAUGCUCUUCAGCCUGAUGACCCCAAGCCAGGUCCGCCUGCAAAUCCUAGAGACACUGAUAACCCCAAGCAAGGUCCACCUGCAAAUCCUAAAGACAGUGGCAACUUUGAUGACUCAGAUCUAUAUGAUGGCCGUUCACCACAAGGAGGUGAUGGUGGUAGUAACAGCAAUGCUUCUCAGGGAGCAAUAGCUGGAAUUGUAAGUGCUGUGGUUGCUACUGUAAUUGGAUCAGUAUCUAGUUUCAUUGCUUACCAGAAGAAGAAACUCUGUUUCAAGCAAAGCGCAGAUGAAGAGAAUGUGAAUAUGGAAAGUCAUCGGGGAGCACAAACUGAGCCACCUGGUAAGAGAAGAAUCUAG